UUUCUCUCAAUUGUUUUUGCUCUCUUCUUAUCCUUUCCUCUCAAUUCUUCUUUAAUCUAUUUAUCUUUUCAUAUUUGUUUAUUAUCUUUUCAUAUUCUUCUUUAAUAUAUUUAGAUGUAGCAAAGGCGCCUAAUUUAGUUAAUGGAUUCCUCAAUAAUCUUUUCUCUCAUUGUUAUCUCGUCCCUGUUAGUUUCAUCUGAAGCCUGUCAUCCAGUUGACAAAGAAGCUUUACUCCAUUUCAAACAUCAAAUUAUUUUUGAUCCUUAUAAUCUAUUACAGUCCUGGACCUUAUCGUCAGACUGUUGCACGGAUUGGGAUGGGGUAUCAUGUGAUUACUCGAAAAGAGUGGUUAAUAUGAGCCGUCCAGGGGGUCUUCAUUCCUACAUGACAGGAAACCUAUCGUCAUUUCUUGCCAAUUUAUCAAAUCUUCAACGCCUUGAUUUCAGCAAUCUCAAGGAUUUGAAGGGCCCAAUACCGCCAGAAUUUGGCAAUUUACAAAACCUCGAAACAUUGGUUUUAUCCAGAAACCAACUGUCUGGCCCAAUUCCGAAGUCAUUGGGAAAACUGACAAAAUUGCGAGUAUUGGAGCUACAGGGGAAUGGUCUUUCGGGGAACAUACCAGUUGAGCUUGGUGAUGCUAAGGCGUUGACAACAAUUUUGCUCUCAAACAAUAAGCUAAGUGGAGGCAUCCCAGAGAAUGUGAUGAAUUUGAAAAAUCUUAAAGAUUUUGAUGUGUCUGGCAAUAGUCUUAGCGAUAGGGUUCCCCCUCAUAAAGCUAUAUUUCUGCAUCUUCAUUCAAAGAUAGUCGCUGUUGGUCACCAUCUACCCAUUGUUAAUUUUCGAUGAUGAAUAAAUAAGGAUUCAUGUAAA